UCGGUCUUGUUUGCUUGUUUGCUUGCCUGCUUGGCUCUGCCUGGUUCUCUUACUCGAAAGUACCAAGUAACGUUAUACUUAUUAAAAUAUAUAUUUAUAUAUGUACGGUCAAGCAUUUACGUACUUUUAUACAUCUAAUUAUUUAAAAAAAAAAUUUUUUAAAUUAAUAUAUCAGUAAUUAAAAAGUGCAUUUAAUAACAAUAUAUUUAUAUAUAGUUGAAUUUUUUAAAAUUUUGGUGUUUUAGUUGUGAGUGUUAAAGUUUAUUGAUAAUUUAAGUGAAUAACUUGAGAAUAACAUUUAAUAUUUUUGGAUAAUUUUCGCACUCUGAGGAAAGGGCACAGUAUGAGCCCGGCGCUAGUCAAUGCGCCGUACCAGCAGCACCCCAAGGAAUUCAUAAUAGACGACUACUACUGUUGGAGGAGUAUCCGCCAAGACGGAUUGAUAAAUACCGAGGCGGUCCAAAUAUACAAAGGAGAAUGACUCAGAGAGAAGAUGUGCUCAAAUUCGAGCAGGGAAGGAUCAAAGCCCUGCAAGAAGAACGUUUACAUAUACAAAAGAAAACAUUUACAAAAUGGAUAAAUUCAUUUUUAUUAAAGGCACGGAUGGAAGUAGAAGAUUUGUUUACCGAUCUUGCAGACGGAAAAAAACUGUUGAAACUUUUGGAAAUAAUAUCCGGAGAAAGGUUGGCUAAGCCAAAUAAUGGCCGCAUGCGAGUCCACAAAAUCGAAAAUGUUAACAAGUCAUUGGCUUUUCUUCACACUAAGGUACGAUUGGAAAGUAUUGGAGCAGAAGAUAUUGUUGAUGGAAAUCCUCGAUUAAUAUUGGGAUUGAUUUGGACAAUUAUUCUUAGGUUUCAAAUUCAAGAAAUAGAAAUAGAUGUUGAUGAAGAGAAUGAAAGUAGUGAAAAAAAAUCAGCCAAAGAUGCUUUAUUACUUUGGUGUCAAAGAAAAACUAAUGGCUAUCCACAUGUUAAUAUACAAGACUUUACAGGAUCUUGGAGAAGUGGUUUGGGUUUUAAUGCUCUUAUUCAUGCUCAUAGACCAGAUUUGGUUAAUUGGUCAGAAUUACAACAAACACGACACAUUGAUAAUCUUAAUUAUGCAUUUGAUGUUGCAAAUAGUGAAUUGGGUAUUCCAAGACUUCUUGAUGCUGAAGACGUAGAUACUGCAAGACCAGAUGAAAAAUCAAUAAUGACUUAUGUUGCAUCUUAUUAUCAUACAUUUGCUCGAAUGAAAAAUGAAAUAAAAAGUGGUAAAAGAAUAGCAAAUAUUGUUGGUCAAAUGAUGGAUGCUGAUAAAAUGAAAAUUCAUUAUGAAAAAUUAACAACAAAUUUAUUAGAAUGGAUAAAAUUAAAAAUAACAGUACUUGAAAAUAGAAAUUUUCCAAAUUCAUUGGAGGGUAUCCAACGUCAAUUAUUGUCAUUUAAACAAUAUCGUACUGUUGAAAAACCACCAAAGUAUAAAGAACGUUCUGAAAUAGAAGCAUUAUAUUUUCAUAUAAAUACUCAACUUAAAUCAUUAAAUCAACCGGCAUUUAUACCACAAGAGGGACAAUUAAUUCAAGAUAUUGAAAGAAAUUGGGUUGAAUUAGAACGUGCUGAGCAUCGACGUGAAGUUGCAUUACGUACUGAAUUAUUAAGACAAGAAAGAUUAGAGCAACUUAAUUAUAAAUUUGAAAAAAAAAGUGUAUUAAGAGAGGGUUAUCUUAAAGAAAUGAUACAAGUAUUAUCAGAUCCACGUUAUGGUAGUAAUCUUUCACAAAUAGAUGCAACUGUUAAAAAACAUGAAGCAAUAAGUGCAGAUAUACUUGCUCGUGAAGAACGUUUUCAUGAUUUAACAAAUAUGUCUCAAGAGCUUGUUAGAGAAAAUUAUCAUAGUUUAGAACGUGUUAAAAUACGUGAACAAGAAGUACUUGAAAGAUGGAAACAAUUAUUAAAAUUAUUAGAUCACCAUAAAUUUAAUUUAACAUCAUUAUCAUCAUUAAUGAGUUUAAUGAGAGAAAUAGAUACAACACUUGUUAGUAUUAAUGAAUUAAAAUUAAAUUUUCAAAGUACAGAUGUUGGUCCACAUUUAUUAGGUGUUGAAGAUUUAUUACAAAAGCAUAGUUUACAAGAACUUCAAGUAACAGCUAUUGGUGAAACACAAAGACGUAUUGGUAGACAAGCUGGACAAUAUCUUUCUAAUAAUAUUAUACCACAAUCACAGCCAUUAAAUAAAGAACAAUUACAAUCAUUAGAAAAAAAAUUAAUAAUAUUAAAUAAAACUUAUAAUGAUUUAAUUGAAAAUAGUAAAGAACGUAAAAUGAGAUUAGAAGAUGCAAGAAAUUUUUAUCAUUUUUUACAAGAUCAUGAAGAUGAAGAAUCAUGGCUUAUUGAAAAACAACGUAUAUGUAAAACAGGUAUAUCAGCUAAAGAUUUACGUGCUGUUAUAUCAUUACAACAAAAACAUAAAUCAUUAAUUGAUGAAAUAAAAGUUAGAAAACCUAAAUCUGAUCAAUUAUGUAAUGCUGGUAUUAAAUUAAUAAAUGAUAAUCAUUCAUCAUCUAUUGAAAUAAAUAAUCGUAUUGAAUCAUUAAAAGAACAUUGGAAAGUACUUGAUGAAUUACAAGGAUUAAGAAAAAAAAAACUUGAUGAUGCUGCUGAAGCAUUUCAAUAUUAUACAGAUGCUAAUGAAGCUGAUUCAUGGAUUAAUGAAAAAAUGUCACUUGUUACAUCAAAUGAUUAUGGUGUUGAUGAACCAAGUGCACAAGCAUUAUUACAAAGACAUAAAGAUCUUGAAGGUGAAAUAAAUGCAUAUAAAGGUGAUGUACAAUCAUUAAAUAUUCAAGCUGAUAAACUUAUUAAAUCAGGUAUAUCAACAUUACAAUUAUCAAAUGAUUCAGAGCCAGUUGCUGAAUUAGAACAAGAUGAAUGGUCACAAGAAACACGAUUAGUACCACAAGAUGAAUGGGUUGAUGAAAUAAUUGAACGUAUUGAAACACGUACUGUACUUGAAGAUAGAUUAGUACCACAAGUUAAAAGUUUAUAUCCAUUUAAUGGACAAGGUAUGAAUAUGGUUAAAAAUGAAAUAAUGUUUUUAUUAAAUAAAACAAAUCCUGAUUGGUGGAAUAUUAGAAAAUCAGAUGGUACUGAUGGUUUUGUACCAGCAAAUUAUGUACGUGAAAUAGAACCUAAAAUAAUUCAAGUACAAGUUAAAAAACCUGAAAAAGUUCGUAUAACACAACGUGUUAAAAAAACUAAAAUGGUUAAUAAAAUAAUACCUGUUAGAAGAAUAAAAUCAAUAAAAUCAACAGUUAAACCAUUAAUAAGUCGUAAAAUAAUAAUAAAUAAUGAUGAUAAUGAUAAUGAUGAUAAUAAUGUUGAAAAAAGACAAAAAAUAAUAAAUGAUAGAUAUAAUGAAUUAAUAAUAUUAUCAAUAAAACGUCAUGCAUUAUUAGAUGAUUCUAUAAGACUUUAUGGUUUUUAUCGUGAAUGUGAUGAUUUUGAAAAAUGGAUUAAAGAUAAAGAAAAAAUGCUUAGAUCUGAUGAUUCACGUGAUAAUGUUGAAACAGCUAAAAGAAAAUAUGAAAAAUUUUUAACAGAUCUUUCAGCUUCUGGUAAAAGAAUAGAAGCUAUUGAUUUAUCUGUUAAUGAAUUUAUAAAUCAAGGUCAUAGUAAAUUAGAUAAAGUUAAAUCACGUCAAAAUCAUAUACAUAAACUUUGGGAUCAUUUAAAUUGGUUAAAAUCACAAAAAGAAAAAAGUUUAGAAGGUGCAUCAAGUGUUGAAUUAUUUAAUCGUACUUGUGAUGAAGCAAAUGAUUGGAUGAAUGAAAAAAUAAAUCAAUUAGAUACUGAUGAAUUAGGACCAGAUUUAAAAACAGUACAAGCAUUACAACGUAGACAUCAAAAUUUAGAACGUGAAUUAGCACCUGUUGAAGAAAAAGUACGUAAAGUUAAUUUAUUAGCAAAUAGUGUUAAAAGUUCAUAUCCAAAUGAACAUAAAAAUGUUGAUAAAAGAUUAAAUGAAAUAAAAUUAUUAUGGAAUAAAGUACAAUCUAAAGCUAAAGAACGUCGUUCACGUUUAGAAGAUGCUGUUGGUCAACAAAUAUUUAUAAAUAGUUCCAAAAAUUUAAUUAAUUGGGGUUAUGAUAUACAAAAUAUUAUUAAAGUUGAAGAAUCUGUUCGUGAUGUUGAAACAGCUGAAAAAUUUAUUAAAAAAUAUAAUGAAAUAGGUGAUGAAAUUAAAAAUCGUAAAGAUGAAUUUAAUGAAGUACAAGAUCUUGGUAAACAAUUAUUACAACGUAAUAAUAAUUUAAAUGAUGUCAAAGAAUAUUUAGAUAAACUUGAUGGAUUAUAUAAUAAUUUAAUAACUAAUUGGAAUAAUAAAGAAAAUUGGUUAAAUCAAUGCCUUGAUUUACAACAAUUUAAUCGUGAAGCUGAUCAAAUUGAAGCAACAACAAGUUCACAUCAAGCAUUUCUUGAAUUUACAAAUCUUGGUGAAUCACUUGAUGAUGUUGAAGCAUUACUUAAACAACAUGAAAAAUUUCAAAAUACAUUAAUGGCACAAGAUGAACGUCUUAAAAUAUUUAGUGAUACUGCUGAUCGUUUAAUUUCAAAAAAUCAUUAUGAUAAAGAUUAUAUUAAUGAUAAACGUAAUCAAGUUAUUUCACGUCGUUUAGCUGUUAAAGAUGCUGCUCAAUUAAGACAAUCAGCAUUAAAAGCAUCUGAAUAUUAUCAACAAUUUUCAGCAGAAGUUGAUGAUUUACGUGAUUGGCUUGGUGAUAAAAUGAAAAUAGCUUCUGAUGAAAAUUAUCGUGAUUUAAAUAAUUUGGAACGUAAAUUACAAAAACAUGAAGCAUUUGAACGUGAAUUACGUGCUAAUGAAGGACAAUUACGUAAUGUUAAUAAAGCUGGUAAAGUUUUAAUAUCUCAACAAAAUUAUCGUUCAAAUGAUGUUUCACAAAUAUUAAAAGAUCUUAAUAAUCAAUGGAAUCAUUUAGUUGAAUUAUCAUUAGAAAAAGGCCAUAGAUUACGUCAAGCUGCAUCACAACACGGUUAUAAUAGAACAAUGGAAGAUGCUAGAUUAAAACUUGAAGAAAUUCAAACAUCAUUACAAAGUAAACAAGUUGGUAUUGACUUAAGAAGUUGUAAAGAAUUAUUAAAAAAACAUCAAAUAUUGGAAACUGAUAUGUAUCAAUGGGAACAAAAAGUUGAUGAUUUAGUUGCAAUGGGUCAAGAAAUGGCACAUGAGGGUCAUUUUGAUGCUAAAAAUAUUUUAAAAACUAGUCAAGCAACACAAAAAAAAUUUCGUAAUUUAAAAAUACCAGCAAAAAAAAGACGUGAAGCACUUGAAGAAAGUUUACGUUUUCAUAAAUUUCGUUUUGAACUUGAUGCUGAAUUACACUGGAUAAAAGAUCAUUUACCACAGGCAUCAUCAACAAUGCUUGGACAAAAUCUUCAUCAAGCUCAAACCCUUGAUAAAAAACACAAAAAAUUAGAGGCUGAAAUAAUUGGACAUCAACCGAUGAUUGAUAAAGCAUUAGCAACUGGUCAAGGACUUAUUGAUCAAUCUCAUCCAGAAAGAAAAAAAAUUCAAGAACUGUGUGAUGAAUUAGAUGACGCUUGGAAAAAUUUACAAGAUAAAGCUGGUGAACGAAGUCGUGCAUUAGAUUUAUCAUUGAGGGCUCAAGAAUUUUUCUUUGAAGCUGGUGAAGUUGAAAGUUGGUUGUGUGAAAAAAAUGAUGUUUUAAGUUCAACUGAUUAUGGUAGAGACCGUGAUGCUGCCACUAAAUUACUUACUAAACACAAAACUGUAGAACUCGAAUUAGAUUCUUACAACGGAAUAGUUACGGAAAUGGGUCACACAGCAGCGGCAAUGGUAAACGCAAAACAUCCUGACAGUAAAGCUAUUGCUGGUAAACAACAAGCAAUUGCACAGCAAAUGCGUGCACUUCAAAGAUUAGCAAUAACUAGACAACAAAGAUUAAUGGAAAGUAUGUAUCGUCAUGAAUAUUUUCUUGAAAGUCGUGAAUUGGAACAAUGGAUUAAAGAACAAGAACAAGCUGCUGGUUCUGAAGAUUAUGGUCAUGAUUAUGAGCAUUUAUUAAUUUUACAAGCUAAAUUUAAUGAUUUUAAACAUCGUAUUGAGGCUGGAUCAGAGAGAUUUAAUCAGUGUGAAGAACUUGCUAAAAAAUUAAUAAAUAAUGAAAGUCCUUAUAUUCAAGAUAUAGAAAAACGCCAAGAACAACUUGGAGGUGAUGAGGAUGAUCCUGUAAUACAAGUACGCAAGAAACAUAAACAUAUGUGGGAAUCAUGGCAACAUCUAUUAGGAUUGAUACGUCAUCGUGAACAACGUUUACAAGCUGCUGGUGAAAUUCAUCGUUUUCAUCGUGAUGUUGCUGAAGCAUUAUCGCGAAUUCAAGAAAAAGAAGCAGCUCUUCCUGAAGAUUUAGGACGUGAUUUAAAUUCUGUAUUAGCACUUAUUAGACGUCAUGAAGGAUUUGAAAAUGAUUUAGUAGCAUUGGAAGCACAACUUCAAGUAUUAGUUGAAGAUGCGUCAAGAUUAAAAAUUUUAUAUCCAGGUAAUAAUGCAUCUCAUAUUGAUCAACAACAACAAAUAGUAUUAGCUAAUUGGGAAGAAUUAAAAGAAAAAUCAGCAAAUCGUCGUGAUGAAUUACAAGCAAGUUGUGAUUUACAACGUUUUUUGACUCAAUUACGUGAUUUAAUGAAUUGGGCUGCUGGAUUACGUGCUGGUUUAUCAACAGAAGAUAAAGUACGUGAUGCUGCAAGUGCUCAAAUACUUAAAGCUGAACAUGAAGCAUUAAAAGGUGAAAUAGAAGCAAGAGAAGAUAGUUUUAGUUCUGUUGUUGAUUUUGGUCAAGUAAUGAUACAAAAUGGGCAUUAUGCUGUUAAUGAAGUUGAAGAAAAAUGUAAUCAAUUAUUAGAAGAAAGACAAAAACUUCAUACAGCUUGGCAACAAAAAAAAAUUCAUUUAGAUCAACUUAUUGAUUUACAUUUUUUCUUACGUGAUGCUAAACAACUUGAUAAUUUAUCAACAACUCAAGAAGCAGCAUUAAGUGGUGAUAAUUUUGGUGUAUCUGUUGAAGAAAUUUAUGGACAAUUAAAAAAACAUAAUGAAUUUGAAAAAUUACUUAUUACACAAGAAGAAAAAUUAAUAGCACUUAAAGAACAUGGUGAUAAAUUAUUAUCACAAAAUCAUUUUGAUUCAUUAACUAUAUCUAAACGAUUAGAACAAAUAAAAAGUAAACGUGAAAAAAUAAAUAUUUUAUGUAAUGAACGUCGUAAUAAAUUAGAAGCAAGUUUACUUUAUGUACAAUUUAUUCGUGAUGUUUGUGAAGCUGAAUCAUGGAUUGAUGAAAAAGAGAAAAAAAUUGAAUCUGAAUCAUUUAAAGGUCAAAUAUUAAGUUUAGAAGAUAAAAUUAAAAAAUUACAAAAACAUCAAGCUUUUCAAGCUGAAUUAGCUGCUAAUAAAAGUAGAAUUGAAGAAAUAAAUACAAAAGGUGAAAUUUUAAUAUCAAAAAAACAUUCAUCUUGUACUGAAAUACGUAAUCAAUUAGAUAAAUUACAAGAUAGAUGGAAAAAAUUAUUAAUAAUAUCUAGUAAUCGUGGUAGAGGUUUAGAAGAAGCACAAGAUAUACUUGAAUUUAAUAAUCAAGUUGAAAAAAUAGAAUCAUGGAUACGUGAUAAAGAAAUGAUGGUACAAGCUGGUGAUACUGGUAAAGAUUAUGAGCAUUGUUUAAGUCUUCAACGUAAAUUAGAUGAUGUUGACAGUGAUAUGAGAGUUGAUGAUACAAGAAUAAAAUCAAUUAAUUCAUUAGCUGAUAAACUUAUAAAACAACAAUCAAAUAAUACCAACAACAACAACAACAACAAUAGUGAUGAUCAAUCUAAUAAUAAAUUAAUUCAACAACGACGUGAUAAUGUUAAUUUAAAAUGGAAAAAUCUACAAGGUGCAUUAACAAAUUAUAGAUCAUUAUUAGCUGGUGCAUUAGAAAUUCAUUUAUUUAAUCGUGACAUUGAUGAUACAAGUCAACGUGUUAUUGAAAAAUCAUUAGCUAUGAAUACAACAGAUAUUGGUAAAGAUUUAGCUGCUGUUGAACAUUUACAACGUAAACAAGAUACAAUGGAACGUGAUAUGACUGCUAUUGAAGGUAAAUUAAAUGAACAUAAAUUAGAAGCUAAUAAAUUAUCAUCAAAAUAUAUAAAUAAUGCACCACAAAUAAAUGCAAUGUUAAAUAAUCUUGAAUCAAAUUGGGAUCAAUUACAGCAUUUAACAAAACAAAGACGUAAUAAUUUAAAUAAAGCUUAUACAUUACAUAAAUUUAAAUUUGAUUUAAAUGAAGUUGAAUUAUGGGUUAAUGAUACUAUUAAACGUAUGAAUGAAUCUGGUGUACCAACAACAAUAUCUGAAGCUCAAUCAUUAUUAGAACUUCAUAAAGAAAUAAAAGCUGAAAUAGAUGGACGUAAAGAUAUGAUUAAUUCACUUAAUGAACAUGCACUUAAAUUAAUUAAAAUUUAUCCUGAUAUUAAAGAUAAUAUUUAUCAUUUAGAAAAUAUAAAUAAAAAUUUAGUUAAUGCUUGGAAUGAAAGAAAUGAUAAAUUAAUAAAAUCAUAUCAUUUACAACAAUUUAAAGAACAAGCUGAUCAAGCAGAUAGUUGGUUAUCAACAAAAGAAGCAUUUUUAAAUAAUGAUGAUCUUGGUGAAUCAUUAUCUGGUGUUGAAACAUUAAUACGUAAACACAAUGAAUUUGAUAAAAUGUUAACAUCACAAUUAGGACGUAUCAAUGAAUUGGAAUUAUUUUCAAAUGAAAUACUUGAAAAUUAUAAUACCAAUAAUAAUAAUAUUGAUUCAACUGAUUGUAAUAUUAUUAAAUCAAGAUUAUUAUCUGUAUGUACAAGACGUGAUAAAUUAAUAAAUAAUGUUACAAUAAGAAUAAAUAAAUUAUUAGAAAGCCGUCAAUUACAUAAAUUUUUAAUAAAUAUAUAUGAAGUUGAAGGUUGGUUACAUCAAAAACAACAAGUUGCUGGUGAUGAAAAUUAUCGUGAUCCAACAAAUUUACAAAGUAAAAUACAAAAACAUUUAGCAUUUGAAAGUGAAUUAGUUGCUAAUCGUGGUCGUAUUAAUGAUAUUAUUAAUGAAGGUGAAAAUUUAAUUGAUAAUAAUCAUUAUGCAACAAAAGAAAUUCAAGAUCGUUUAGAAGAUUUAGAAUCACAAUGGAGAAUAUUACAAGAAACAAGUGAAUUAAAAAAAAAUCGUUUAAAUGAUGCAUAUCAGGCAUUAUUAUUUAAUCGUACAUUAGAUGAAUUUGAAGCAUGGAUGGAUGAUAUUGAAACACAAUUACAAUCAGAGGAUCAUGGUAAAGAUUUAUCAAGUAUUGCUAAUUUAUUAAAACGACAUAAUAAUUUAGAAAAUGAUGUACUUGGUCAUAAUGAAGCAUGUGAAUCUAUUAAAGAUACUGCUUAUAAUUUUAAUAAAACAAAACAUUUUAUGUCUGAUGAAAUAAAUGAAAGAGCUAAAAAUUGUAUUAAUAGAUAUAAUAGUUUACAAGAGCCUAUUCAAAUACGUCGUGAUAAUUUAGAAGAUGCUAAAUUAUUACAUCAAUUUUUACGUGAUAUUGAAGAUGAAUUAAAUUGGUUAAUUGAAAAAGAACAAUUAGCUUGCAAUAAUGAUUUAGGUAAUUCCCUAAUAAAUGUACAAAGAUUACAAAAAAAACAUCAAGCACUUGAAGCUGAAAUAAUAUCACACGAGCCAGUUGUUUCAUCAUUAUCAGUACGUGCUGCUGGUAUGAUAAGAACUGGUCAUUUUGCAUCUGAUAAAAUAGAAUCAUCAAUUCAAGAAUUACAAAAAAAAUUAAUAAAUAUAAAAGAUAUUGCAAGUGUUAGAAAAUUACGUCUUCUUGAUGCUGUUGAAUCACAAAUGUUUUAUACUGAAGCUGGUGAAGCUGAACAAUGGAUUAAAGAAAAAUAUCAUAAAAUAACAUCAAAUGAUUAUGGCAAAGAUGAAGACUCUGUUGAAUUUUUAUUAAAAAAAUUACAAGGCAUUGAACGUGAUUUAUCAUCAUUUGAAUCAAUAAUUGAUAAUUUAAAUAAAUUAUCACAAGGAUUAAUAAAUCGUAAUCAUUUUGAUAGUAAAAAUAUCCAACAAAAACAAUUAUAUAUUAUUGAUAAAUUUAGUGAAUUAAAAAAAUUACGUGAUUUUAGAUUACAAAGAUUAAUUGAAAGUAAAAAAUUAUAUCAAUUUUUACGUCAAGCUGAUGAAGUUAUUGAAUGGAUAUGUGAUCAAACAACAAUUGCUGCAUCUGAAGAUUAUGGACGUGAUGUUGAACAUGUUGAAUUAUUAAUUCAAAUAUUUGAUAAUUUUUUAUCUGGUUUAACGGCAAGUGAAAGUCGUGUAUUUAUGAUUAUUGAUGCUGGUGAAAAAUUAAUAAAAGAUAAUAAUACUGAUGCUGAUAAAAUAAAUAAUAAAAUAUAUGAAACAAAACAACAAUGGGAUGAUUUAAAAGAAUUAGCACAUGCAAGACAAGAAGCAUUAGCUGGUGCUAAACAAGUACAUAUGUUUGAUAGAACAGCUGAUGAAACAAUAUCAUGGAUUCAAGAAAAAGAUGCUAGUUUAAGUGCUGAUGGUUAUGGGCAUGAUCUUGAAACAAUUCAAGCUCUUGUACGUAAACAUAAAGCUUUUGAAACAGAUUUAGCUGCUGUUAAAGAACAAGUUGAAUCUGUUAUUGCUGAAGCAUCAAGACUUGCUGAAUUAUUUCCAGAUGCACGUGAGCAUAUUGCUGUUAAACAUGAAGAAGUUGAUGAAAAUUGGAAUGAAUUAUUAAAUAAAGCUGAACAACGACAAUAUAAAUUAACUCAAGCUGAACAAUUAGAAGCAUAUUUUGAUGAAUAUAGAGAUUUAACAUUUUGGAUAAAUGAAAUGAUUGCUAAAGUAACAGCACCAGAAUUAGCACGUGAUGUACCUGGUGCUGAAAUAUUAAUAUCACGACAUAAUGAAUAUAAAGUUGAAAUAGAUUCAAGACAAGAUGAAUUUUAUAAUUUCAAUAAAACUGGUAAUACUUUAAUACAACAGGGUCACUUUUUAUCUAAAGAAAUAAAAGAUAAAAUAACAAUUCUUGACAAUAAAAAACAAAUAUUAAUAGAUACAUGGGAUAAACGUAAAUUAAUAUACGAACAAAAUUAUGAUACUCAAAUAUUUAAACGUGAAGCUGAAACACUUGAAAAUUGGUUAAUAACUCGUGAGCCAAUGCUUAAUGAUAAUAAUUUUGGUGAUACAAUACCACAAGUUGAAGAUUUAAUAAGAAAACAUGAAGACUUUGAAAAAACAAUAGAAGCACAAGAAGAUAAAUUUAAAGCUCUUAAACGUAUAACAAUGUUAGAACGUUUAUUUCAAAAACAACAACAAGAUGAAUUACAAGCACGUCAAGCUGAAAAAGAACGUAUUGAACGUCUUCGUAUUGAAGAACGUAAGAAAAAAGAAGUACAACGUAUUACUGAAGAACGUAAACGUGAAGAAGAACGUCGUAAAUUAGAUAAUAAUAAUUCAUCUCAUGAUAUUAUAAAUAUUAAUAUUAAUGGCAAUACUGAUAAUAACAAUCAUCAUCAUCAUAGCGAAUCAAUUAAUCGAUUAGCACCAUUAAAAACUACUCAAGAAUCAACAUCAUCAUCAUCAGCAGCAGCAGCAGCAGCAGCAGCAUCAUCAGGAAAUUCAUCAAAAUCACAUGGUAUUUCUCAUGUAUUUGGUGAUCGUUUAAAACGUACAACAGUAGAUAUAAAACGUGCUGAAAGUAUGAAAAUUGAUAGUAAAAAACCUAAACGAACACCCAGUUUUACAACAAGACGACGUACUCAAAGUUUCCGUAAGCAUCAACGUAUGGAAAAUAUGGAUCCUUUGAGUCCUGUUGAAAUUCAAGGUAUACUUGAACGUAAACAUGAAUUACAAAGUGGUGGUAAAAAAGCUGCUGUACGUUCAUGGAAACAAUAUUUUACAGUACUUUGUGGACAAUUAUUGUGUUUCUUUAAAGAUUAUAAUGAUUUUUCAUUAAGUAAAGCUGCUACUGCACCAAUAACAAUUUAUAAUGCUAUUUGUGAAAAAGCUGAUGAUUACACAAAACGUAAAAAUGUAUUUAGACUUAAAUGUACUGAUGGAUCGGAAUUUUUAUUUCUUGCUGCUAAUCAACAAGAAAUGGAAGAUUGGGUUAAUAAAAUAUCAUUUCAUGCUAAAUUACCUCCUAGUAUGCAAUUAUUGAAAUAUGAUGAAUCACAAAAAGCUGAUGAUUUAGAUUUAAAUAGAUUAAAAACUAUAACACCAGAUAUUACUGGUGAUGAUAAUGCAUCAACUGGAAGUAGUCAUGUAUCAACUCCGGAAUUUGAACGUAAAAAUUCAGUAAUACGUCGAGAUAUAUCUCAAGACACUAAAAAUACUCAAAAUACGGCUAAUUUAUCUAGCAAUGUUCAAGUUGAAUUUUUACAAAAACAUCGACAAGCUCAACAAAGUCGUGCUAAUACACGAAAUAGCACAGAAUUUAUAGCUGCUGAAUCACAAUCACAAACACAAACUGAAUUUUUACAAAAACAUAAACAACAACAACAACAAAAUUUAUUAGCUCAACAGCAACAACAAUUAAUUCAUCAUGAACAAUUGUCAAGUCAAAGAGAUCAAUAUCAAGCUCCACAAAAUGAUCGUCCACCUGUUCCACCUAGAGGUGCACCACCACCAAUUCCCGUUAGAUCACCUAGUUCUGAAAAUGUCACACCAUUGAGACGUAAUGAUGUUGAACAGUAUGUACCAUCAACAAGACCACAAUCUUAUCAACAAAGAACCUCAUCUCUCAACCAAAAUGGAUCAGAACAAUAUGCUAAUAAUGAUAACACAACAUGGCACAGACCAGGGAGCAUGGAUUUCACUUCAUCACCACAAGAAGUAGCACCUCCUUUACCAUCAACUGCACCACCAACCAACAUAGAUAAACAGAGUAUUCAAGAUCCUGCUUAUGGAAAUACAACAGUCAAUAUGAGACAGGGUGGACAACAGACGACAAAUUCGUUUACUGGUAGACCAACAUCGUUACCUCCUUAUGUUGCACCACCUCCAGCUGUCGUAUCACCUGGCACUCCAACCCUGUCGGUAGUUGAUGGCAGACGAGCAUCCGAGAGUGGUUCAGAAAGUGAACAAAGCUCUGGUGGUUCUCGUAAAGAACGAGAUUACAAACGAAGCUCUGUAUUAAGUAACUUUUUCGGUAGAAGAAAAAAGCCAUCACAAUCAUAGCACCACCAAGAAAAACAAUAUUUUUUAUAAAAAAUAAAAAAAAUAAAAAAAAAAAAGACACAUAGUUUAUAUAGUUGGUGAGCAUAUUUAUUUAGAGUACAUAUAAAAAUAUUUUUAAUAAUUUAUUAUCGCUAAAGUAGAUUCGAUAAAAAAACAAAAAUCACUUAUUUUUAUGAUUACAGAGUAUCAUGAUAAAUCAACAUUCAAUUUUUAUUUUAUUUCAUUUUUUGUAGUAUAUAGAUAAAAAUUUUGAUAAACUUUACGUAAUUUUAAAAGUAAUCAUUGAAUUUAUAAAAACACAAUAAUCGAAUUUUAGUUUUUUUUUCUUUUUAUUAUUUUUAAUUUAAAUAAAUAAAUCAUUAUAUUAUCAAUAUUGUAAUUAAAUAAUAAUAACAAUCAACGGUUGAAUAUUUCUCAUUAUUAAUUAUAUUUAUAAAAUCAAAUUCCAGAAAAUAUGAAUUCAAUGGAAAUAUUACUAUUAUAACUUUAGCUUGAAAUGUACCUGACUCUCUCUCAAUCGGUGUCAGUUGAAUUAAGCAAAGAAGAAAAAUUAUUAUUAUUUUUUUUUUUACUAUUCUGUAGAUGUCAUUAUAUAAAUAUAAUAUCUAUACAUAUGUUAAAAGUAUUCACAGAAUAUUUAUAUAUAUAUAUUAAAGAAAAAAAAAAAUUAAUUGAUAAAUAUAUUGCUAAGAACAGCUAUAUAUUCUGAACCAAUGAGCAACUUGUAUCUUAUCAAAACAUUUUUU